AUGAGUAAUAUUGUAACGCGGAAAGGGCCCAUAGGGGACGAUAGUAAGAAGCACGCAGAUAGUCCUGUAAAAGAUAUGAAAAAGAAAAUGGCUGUUAAUGCUGAAAAAGAAAAACUGGCAGCUGAAAAAAGCGCAGAAAAGAAUACGAAAGCAGCAGAGAAAUCCAGCCAAAACGCAAAAGAUAAAUCUACAGAUAAAAUUGUAGAGAAGAAAGAAAAACCUACAGAGAAACCUGUAGACAAAAAGGAUAAACCUACUGAGAAAAGUACCGAGAAAGUUGCAGAAAAGAAGGCGGAUAAAGUAGAGAAGAAAGAGGAAUCAGUAGAAAAAACUGACAAGAAGGAGCCUGUUGAAAAGAAAGAAGCCCCGGUGGCUCAGGUUGAGAAAACGAAAGAAGAUGCUAAAGAGAAUGGAAAGGCGGAGACCCCAGACAAAAAGAAGGAUUCCAAAGCUAAACAGAACGGUGCACGAGUUAACGGGGAACCGGUUGAUGGUGUUAGUUCCGAGGAAGAAGAUGACCAGAUGUUCCCAGAACUGGCAUAUGAGGACUCUGAUAUUGAGUGCUUCGAACCUCCGACUCCUGAGGGACCCAGUCGAAGCUAUACCCGCAGAUCACAGGUGAAAACAAGUCGUACGCCUGAAACGCCGCGCCCCGCGUCCGUGAAACAAGGGGACAAGGAUUACGUGCCUGAAGACUCAAAGGAGACGAAAUUGCUAAAACUCAAAGAUGACGUCUCUGAUCGUAAACUGCGUUCGUCGGAUUCUCCAAAAAGACAAGACAAAACAGAGAAGGCAGAACCUAAACAAGACAAAAAUGACAGUGUGUGCGACAAGGAUGACAAGAAUGACAAUAAGAUUGAUGAAAAAAUUGAAAUCUCUAUCGAGGUGGAAAGUGAGGAGAGCGCGCGCAAGCCGGACACGAAUUACUCCAAGUCGCGCGUCAAGGUGUCGCCCUAUCGCCGUAGCAUGCGUCUCACCACUCCCGCUGACGUCACGCAGACUUCGCUGCUCGCCAACUAUACUGGUAACAACACAACGAUGGAAAUGGACAUAACAGAGCCGUCUCUAAUGAUUGAGGAGCCCUCGACAUCUGAGAGUCCGUACUUGAGUGGUCUACGCAACAUUCGCGGGAGGAGGUCAUACAAACCACUCAAGGAGAUGACUCUGAGGAACAUAGGAGUUAAUACCAGCAUCCGGUCUACUAGUAGUGCUUCAGUUUCAGAAACUCGUCCCACAGGUACUGUGGUAGGUCGUAAGAGGAAGCCGGAUGCGGAAGAAGCGCAAGAGGCCCACGAGGCUAGGGGCAAACGUGCCAGAAUUCUGGAACGUUUGGGAGGGUUCACUAGACCUUUCCGCUUUACGACGUCCGCUUCAGAAAGGCUUUGCGUUGAGAGUACCGCAGAGAUAGUUGGUAUAAACACGGAUCUGCCACUGUCAGCGCCGGUGAUAGCGGCCGAGACUUUCGAUCCUGAGUCCCUCAAACACUCCACUUCGCUCCCGGCUGCGCCUGCGCCUGCACAAGCGCACAGGGACAAACGAUGUGCUAUUAUGUAA